AUGCACGCCUUUACCCCCCUCUUCGUCUCUCUGCUCCUCAGCAGCACUGCCAUCGCCGCCUCCAAUGUCGGCAUCAUGCCCCGCAGCAUCCUCCUGAGUGGCCGUCAGCUCCAGUGCUCUGGUGCAAACCCAAACAUCUGUGAGCAGACCGAGAACACGAUCAAGUGUGGGCAGAACUGCUGUUCCGACGGAACUAGCUGCGAAUUUGGCUACAGCUGUGAAUCUGGUGGAAGGUGCUGUGAUAUCACUAAACCACUCUCCCAGUGCGGUGUAGCAACACUCUGCUACGAUGCGAGCGAUUCUAAGUGUCCCGAUAAUGAGGCCUGCUGUCCUAGCAGCGCCCCCUACUGCACCUACCAAGGUGGACGCGCAAUCUGCGAGCUGAACCAAAGCUUCACCAUCACCAACACACUCACGUCCACCUCCACCAAUACCAACACCGUCACAUCUACCCUCAGCUCCGUUGUGACCCCCAGCAUUUCUGCCACAAAGAGCUCUGAAUCUUCUUCUUCGUCUUCGAUAUCGUACACCACACCCCCUGCCUACAGCAGCUCUUCCACAUCAACCAUCCACCCGACCACUACGAGUGUCGGCAGCAACAUCACUGCACCGAACUCCACUGUGUCCCAGCCACCUGUGUUUUCCGGUGGAGCAGCGGGUAGGGAGGGAUUUUUGGGCGCGGGAGUGGUCGCCGUUGUGUUGGCUGUCGGUGGGGCUUUUAUCUAA